AUGUACUCUGCAUACCGUCCAGACUCGCACGAUCGCGACUCGCGCGUCCCAAGAGUCGCCUCCAGGGCAGGCAGCAUCUCGACCCUCUGGAGCUCAGCAGAGGUCCCCUUCUGCCUCGACCCACGCGUCCACACCGCCGCAGAUGCCCCAGACAGCCACCACCACCCCACACGCAACCCCUCCAUCUCCUACGGCUCGGCACGCUCCAGUCAGCUCUCCAUCGACUUUGCCAGGCUCAGCAUCGACAUCCCAGACGAGUAUCCCAGAAGGCCAGACAGCAUCCGUCUCUCCCCGCCCCGCCCCUCCGCCGCCUCCUCCAGCUCAGCGUCGAGCGGAAGCUCCCCGAGCCGAGUGUCUUCGUUCAACAUUGGCACCAUCGACGAGCAUGCGCCCAUGCAGUCUUCGCCCAUCUCCAAGCUGCCCUACCAUCCACCGAGCCUCGCUGCACAGUCUCGCCUCCUCUCCUCGCGCUUUUCGGAAGACACGAUUGACGAGCGCCCCUUCAUAAACCACUCGUCAUCGCAUGGGACCUUUGGCCCGCCGCUUAGCGAGCUGCGCAAGGCCUCCGGUCUGUCGGAUAACUCGAUCGGCGCUUCCUCCCGCUCUUCGUCUUACCAGGAUCCCACUCAGCCGACGUCGACAGCGCGUGCCGGCGAGGUGCAACCGGCUAAGCACCUCUACCGUCGUGCCUACCGCUUCUUCGACGAGACCUACACCGUUCAGCCUCCGUCCUCUGCUGACGACCGUCCGCUCGAGUCGAUGCCGGGCGCAUGCAGCACGAGCCAAACCUCGCGCGAUGAUUCGCUACCCUCGUGCUCGCGCUCCCAAACCUCCUCCCACGCUACCACCUCGGACUCCGCCUCGGCAUCCAGCGUCACCAGCGCAACGGCUCACAUGCUCGAGCUCAACAAUGCCACGCUCACCCCAGUCUCCGUCCAUGGAGAUACUACGCUGCUCGCUAAAGCGUAUGCUGCCGCAUCGGAUGAUGGUGAGCACCUCAGCAUUCCCUCGCUGCCGAGCUUCAAUUCGGCGAUCACCGCCACCCGCGAGGGGUUCAACCAGCUGCGCGUACGGCCCAGCACCGCCGAUGUUUAUACUCAAGACCCACCCGUGUCGCCGCUCACGUUUCCGGGACAUGCGCUGCCUCUGCAGCCGCAGCCACCCAUGCCCUCGCCCACCGACCAUGGCAGGUUCGAGGUGCGCUCCUACGGCUUGACGCCUGGCCCCGCGCAUCCCACACCGCCUGAGACACAAGCAAAGACCGCCGCCGUAGCCAAGUCGCCGGGCAGGUCGCGCUUCUUGCGCGCGCGCGUGGCGUCCUCGCCGAAACUGCGGCUCGAUGCGUCGUCGCUCUUUGCCUCGGCCCACACGCCCGUGCCGCCUCUGCCGACUGCGGCGGUCAAUGCAGCUGCUGGCGCCGAUGCAGACCGGCGUCCGUCGACGGCGCAGACCGACGGCCGGGCUCCGUUCUUUGGGCGCAGAUUCCGCUCGCGCACGCUCGGAGAGUCGGACCGCGUCGAAGCAUCGCACAACGCAGUUGCCACCAAGCACGAAGAACCUUCCUCCACCUCCGCUCGAGUGUCGGGCUGGGCGACGGGUGUUGCUCGCAAUGGUGGCAAGCGUCAUCCGAGCCAGGUGUCGGCUACAAGCUCGGAGCUCUUUUCGCCGCACGAUCCGCUGCAGCCCACCCCCGGGUCGUCGAUCUGCUCGGCAAGCUCGCCGGCGACCACCAACAGCUCGCUGCCCGUCACGCCGCGUACCACCACCACCUUCCCGCGCCCCAAGAGCCGGGGGACGGGGUCGGCGGCCAAGACGGGUGGAUCCGGAUGGGCGUCGUAUCUCAACGCCGGCCUGACGCUGCAUCUCGAACACGAAGGUCGUGUUGUGCCGGUGACGAUGACCUACCUGGCGUACGAUCCGUUCGGAAGGCCUGAGCAGCUGGUGGAAGGCACAGAAGCUGCACGCGCAAUGACGCCCAAGAGGCCCAAGUCGCGCGGCGACAAGGACCAGGAAGCCGAACAGUCCGGUACGCUCGAAUUCGGACCACUUGAUGACAAGUGUGCACUGGACAUCGCACGCAGAUCCGACGGCUCGGCAGUGCUCAAGCACCUCACGGUCGGGGAGGAUACCAAGGCGGAUCUGCUUACGCGCCAAGCAGCACUGUCGGUCAAGAUGGGUGUCCACCAGGUGGCCGGGUACGAGCGUAGGGGAAGGCUGGCAUGGAAGUUCGCCUACCGCGUAGAGGAGAGUGCGGAGCGACGGCUUGUGCCCGUGCGCUUCUCGUGUUCGGCGACGCUGCUCAAUCCCGAGCGUGCGCGCAAAUCGCGCUUGAUCAAUCUCGUCAAGAAGCAAAUGGUGCCCUCGCUGGCGUCCAAGGCGGUAUCCUCCACGCUCGACUCGCCCCGUUCGGCCUCGCUGCAUUUCGAUACGGCUUCACCUGCUUCAUCCCGGCGUGCGAAUACGACGCUGCCAGAUGGUGUACCGGUCUCGCCCGUUCGACGGGCGGGUACGACGACGCAGAACAGUCCGCUUCGUCAGCCCAGUCGUGCAGGCGCGUCGUUCGCAAGCGCCACUUCGGCCGAUACGAGCUACUCGUCGCAACCCGCCACCCCCGGCCGUGACACCGAUGCCGGUAGGCUGCAGUUGCAGGCUUCGCCCGUAUCGGCACAGUUCGGACAGCCCACAGCGCGGCCUAUGCGAACGAUGGCUUCGGUGGCCCCUGCACUGCAGCUGGAUCUGGGCGAUGCAGGUCACGCUGGCCGUGCACUGCACACCAAACCUUCGUCCAACUCGCUCUCCUCGACCUCAAGCCACGCCAAGCCGAUGGUGAUCAAUGGACGAAAGUUGAUCCCGAUCAGUCUGCCAGCUGGCCUUGCACGACAGACCAAGAUCGAUCCGGCACUGUUGCAGGGGCACAUUGUUUCGCGCGCCGAGGAUCGACAACGAAGCACGUCGAUGCAGUCGGCGCGUGGUGGGUCGAGUCGACCACCUACAGCGUCGGAGAGCAUCAAGAUGGAGUACCUCGCGCGGGAAGAGGGGCUGCGACACCAGCGGUCGUUCGGAGUGCUGGUCCCGUCCGAAUUCGCCGAUGCGCGCGUUCGCAGGGCAAGGAGUAGGACAGUAGAGGCCGAUGAGCGCAGACCAUUCACGGCCGAUGCGUGGGGAGAGGCACAGUAUCCGUUCGAGAACGUGCACAAGGGCAAACAGCCUACCCCGAUGCGUGCAGAGGUGGAUAGGCAGCAGGGAGGAGAGGCGUACAUGCCCCUUUCGGCCCCGCCUAGACCCCAGAGACCUAGGACUGCCCAGACCGUCACGCAGGAGAAGGGCAGGAAUGCAUACGCUGUACAAAGCGCCCGCCAGGUGCAGGUCGCAAGGUCCUAG